CUGCAGCGUGAAAGGCUUUGUGAAGAAGCUGCGGCUGGCACUAACUGCGGCAUCUAUGACCCUUUUCAUCCUCACACAGGCCCCUGAACCAUACAUUGUCAUCACUGGAUUUGAAGUCACCAUUACUUUAUUUUUCAUAAUUUUAUAUAUGCUCCGACUUGAUCAAAUAAUUACCUUUCUAUUUUGGCCUUUGCUUGAUAUUCUCAACUCCCUGGUAGCAGCAAUAUUCAUAUUAAUCAUAUCUGUGUUGGCACUGAUACCAGAAACCACGAAAUAUAUGGUCCUUGGAGGGGUGUGCGGCCUCCUGGCGGUGGUGUGCUGCAUCGCGGACGCGGCUCUCAUUUACCGGAAGCUUCUCUUUAACCCAAGCGGGCCCUAUCAGAAAAAAGCGAUUCACGACGAAAUAUAAACUGUGUCAUUGGAUAGACCUUCCCAGUAUUA